AUGUCUAACAUGUACACGCUGCUGAGGGCGGUGUCAAACGGACUGCCUCAUAUGAUCCAGGAGCUACAGCUGCACAUCCACAACGAGGGUCUCAGAGGAACCAGCAACCUUUCUCAGGAAAACAUGCCGACGCAGUUUGUUGAGUCCGUGUUGGAAGUUCACAGUAAAUUUGUGCAGCUCAUAAACACAGUUCUGAACGGAGACCAGCACUUCAUGAGCGCUUUGGACAAGGCUUUGACGUCAGUGGUCAACUACAGGGAACCCAAGUCCAUCUGCAAAGCACCAGAACUGCUCGCCAAAUACUGCGAUAACCUCCUGAAGAAAUCAGCCAAAGGAAUGACAGAGAACGAGGUGGAAGACAAGCUCACCAGCUUCAUCACCGUCUUUAAGUACAUCGACGACAAGGACAUCUUCCAGAAGUUUUAUGCCAGAAUGCUCGCUAAGAGAUUAAUACACGGUCUGUCGUUAUCUAUGGACUCGGAAGAAGCCAUGAUCAACAAACUGAAGCAAGCGUGUGGGUAUGAGUUCACCAGUAAGCUGCACCGCAUGUACACGGACAUGAGCGUCAGCGCAGACCUCAACAACAAGUUCAACAACUUCAUCAAGACACAAGACUCUGUGGUCGACCUGGGAAUCAGCUUCCAAAUCUAUGUACUACAGGCAGGGGCGUGGCCUCUCACACACGUGCCGUCAUCGACCUUUGCCAUCCCUCAGGAGCUGGAGAAGAGUGUGCAGAUGUUCGAGUUGUUCUAUAAUCAACAUUUCAGUGGCAGGAAACUGACGUGGCUGCACUACCUCUGCACAGGUGAGGUGAAGAUGAACUAUCUGUCUAAGCCCUACGUUGCCAUGGUGACCACCUACCAGAUGGCGGUGCUGUUGGCCUUUAACAACAGUCUGACAGUGAGCUACAAGGAGCUGGAGGACGGGACUCAGAUGAACGACAAGGAACUGCAGAAGACCAUCAAGUCUCUGAUGGACGUCAAAAUGAUCCACCACGACUCAGAGAAGGAGGAAAUUGAAACAGAGUCGACGUUUUCACUAAAUAUGAGUUUUUCGAGUAAACGAACAAAGUUCAAGAUCACGACGUCGAUGCAGAAAGAUACGCCACAGGUGAACUCUAACUAA